AAUCCCAGCUGCUGCUGAAAGGUGCCUCCCCUUCCUCUCGCCCCUUCAGGGGGGCUUUGAAUUAAAAUCCCAGCGCGUUUUCCCUGCGGGAGGGCCCCGCUGCCGCUUCCCUUGUCCUGCAGCCCGGCACACGAGCACGGGGACGGCUCGGGUGUCCCCGAGGGUGCCUAGAGCAUCGUCCCCUCACCGCAGCCCCCACCCCGAGGUGCCCGACCCUCGCCCCCACCUGCUCCGUGCGCGCUGCCUGGGCUCCCUGCGGCUUUAAAGUUCCCUCGGCGCACAAAGCAAAAGAGGGAGGAGAAAGCGUUUCAUCAUCGCUCCCGGGAGCCGACUUAUAAGAAGUUGACGCUGCCGCCGCCGGGCUCACUCGCGGCUCGGAGGGGCUUGGGCACGCUCCGCGCGGGGAGCGCACGCACAGCCCGCAGAUCCCGGGAUCCCCUCGCCAUGGGAGUCCGCCCCGAAGUCGGCAAAUCCCCGGCUGACAUCCCCAAGAGCUCCAGCCCCUGCUCCAGGAGCGUCUUCUGCAACAUCAAGGUGUUCGUGCUGUGCCAUGGGCUCCUCCAGCUCUCCCAGCUCCUCUACAGCGCCAACUUCAAGAGCAGCCUCACCACCAUCGAGAAGCGCUUCGGGCUCUCCAGCCUCUCCUCAGGGUUCAUCUCCAGCUUGCACGAGAUUGGCAACGUGGUGCUCAUCAUCUUCGUCAGCUACUUCGGCAGCCGCGUGCACCGCCCGCGCGUCAUCGGGGUCGGGGGGCUGCUGCUGGCCCUGGGGGCUUUCCUGGUGACCCUGCCCCACUUCCUGUCGGGCCCCUACGAGUACACUGCCCUCAGCACCGGUAACAAAAGCCAGGGGCAGGUUGAGCUGUGCUAUGCAGAGAGCAGGUUUGUGUGCCCAAACACCACCAGGGACCCCCAGAAGGAGGCCAGCAGCAUGUGGGCCAUGAUGGUGAUUGCCCAGCUGCUGGCUGGGAUUGGCACUGUGCCCAUCCAGCCCUUUGGGAUAUCCUACGUGGACGACUUUGCAGACGCCAACAACUCCCCACUCUAUGUUGCCAUCCUCUUUGCCAUUGCUGUGUUUGGCCCUGCCUUUGGGUACCUGCUGGGCUCCGUGGUGCUGCGGCUCUUCGUGGAUAUCGGCAGGGUUGACGCUGUGGACCUGACGCCCAGUGACCAGCGGUGGAUCGGAGCCUGGUGGCUGGGGCUGCUCAUCUCCUCGGGCUGCCUGGUGCUCACCUCCAUCCCUUACUUCUUCUUCCCUCGGUACAUGCUGAAAGGAGAGGAGCGGAACACGGAGGCUGGGAUGCUCAGGAAGAUGGAGACAGGGGCUGCUGAGGAGACCUCCCUGCUGGAGUUCAUAAAAAGAUUCCCAAAGAUCUUCCUCAGGCUGCUGCUCAACCCCCUCUUCAUCCUCCUGGUGCUGGCUCAGUGCAGCUUCUCCUCUGUCAUUGCGGGUCUGGCCACCUUCCUCAACAAAUUCCUGGAGAAGCAGUACGGUGCCUCCCCCUCCCAGGCCAACUUCCUCAUAGGAGCUGUGAACCUGCCGGCAGCAGCGCUGGGGAUGCUGCUGGGAGGGAUCAUCAUGAAACGCUUCUCCUUCUCGCUGCGCGCCAUCCCGCGCUUCGCCGUCGUGGUGCUCGUCUUCUCCAUCCUCAUCUGCCUGCCCAUCUUCUUCAUGGGCUGCUCCACAGGCCACAUUGAGGGCAUCUUCCACCCCAGUACACCCAAUUCCCAGCAGCAGGUUAAGGCAAGGGUUGGGUGCCAAUGCUCUAAGCAGAUCUUCAACCCUGUGUGCCGGAAAAACACCACGGAAUACAUCUCACCCUGCUUUGCUGGCUGCACCAACAGCACCACCAACCCCUCCAAUCCCAGAGAAGUGAUCUACCAGAACUGUUCCCUGAAUGGGAAUGAGCUGUUCUCUGCCUCCACGGGCUCUUGUCCAGUCAGCUGCUCCCAUAUGCUCCUUCCUGCCAUAUUCCUCAUCUCCUUUGCUGCCCUGGUCGCCUGCCUGUCCCACAACCCCCUCUACAUGAUGGUGUUACGGGUGGUGAACCAGGAUGAGAAGUCGUUUGCCAUCGGAGUGCAGUUCUUACUGAUGAGACUGCUGGCCUGGCUGCCGGCCCCAGCCAUGUUUGGAGCCCUCAUUGACUCCUCCUGCAUCUACUGGCAGCAGCAGUGCUCCCAGCGCCGCUUCUGCGCCUACUACAACAACGAUUUCCUCCGAAACAGGUACCUGGGGCUGCAGGUGGGCUACAAGGUGGUGGGCACCGUGCUGCUCGCCCUCAUCAGCUGGAAGGUGAAGAGGAGCAAGGAGUACAACGUGCAGGAGAAGGCAGCGGGGCUGGUGUAGCCCCCCCAGGACUGACUCACACCCCACCACCCACUGCCACCACUUUGUCUUGUUUGGGUUUGUUUCACUCCCCACUGGAGCCACUCUGAGCUCCUCUCCUGCAGCCCAGGUGCUCCUGGUGAGGCAUGCUCUGAGCCAGCCCCAUCCUGGGAAUGGCAGCUCCUGGGAAUGGCACAUCCUGGGAAUGGCAGCUCUUGGGAAUGGCACAUCCUGGGAAUGGCAGCUCCCUGGGAAUGGCUCCUCCUGGGAAUGGCAGCUCCUGGGAAUAGCACAUCCUGGGAAUGGCACAUCCUGGGAAUGGCAGCUCCUGGGAAUAGCACAUCUUGGGAAUGGCACAUCCUGGGAAUGAGAGCUCCUGGGAAUGGCAGCUCCCUGGGAAUAGCAUCACCUGGGAAUGGCAGCUCCUGGGAAUAGCAUCACCUGGGAAUGGCACAUCCUGGGAAUGGCAGCUCCUGGGAAUGGCAUCACCUGGGAAAGGCAGCUCCUGGGAAUGGCAUCUCCCAGGGUCUCCAGCACCCUGGGGAGGAGCAGCCCUCAGCCAGCUGGAGCAGGAGGCAGAGGAGAAGUGCCUGCUGUGGGCCAUGGUCCCGCUCUGCUGUGACAUUCCUGGCUGGGACAGGAGCAGGGGAGGUGGCUGCCAGCCCUAGUGUCCCCACAACCCCAACAGAGGAGAGCAGGGACACAGCACACGUGUUGGGACAACUCAGCACAAGGGGUUUAGUGCAGAACAUCUGGGGUUUGUUGCUCUUUUUAUUUUUUAAAUAAAGGUCACUUUUCCAACUGUGGUGCUUUCUUGGGUCUCCCCCCAGCAGGCAAGACAAGCCCUGGGGAGGCUGCAGGUCACAGUCUGGCACACUGCAGCUGGGAAAGGGGAAGAAAUGGUGGCAGAGGGGGACAUUCUUCUCCUGCAGCAUCAGCAGUGAUGAGGGCUGGUAGGAGCAACACAGAGUUCAGGGCCCUGCCCUGCCUGCAUCUCCCUGAUGGGCAGGGCAGGGUCAAGCAGGCAGGAGCAGAAGUUUUUGACCUGAAGUUCUCAUCCCUGAUAGGUUUAUUGGCACAGAUCAAUUCUGGUAUUUGCUUGCUCGAGCUGGUGCCUCAGAGGAGAGACCAUGAACAAAGAAAUGCCUGGCAAUUAAAAAGUUUCAUUCCUCCUCCCCUCACACCACAGUCCUGAGGGUCUGGGGUCCUUCUCACCCCUCACUGCAUUGCUGGUUUUGGCUGUUUCACACCCCUCAGGUGGGUUUUGGUGGGUUCUGUUAGUCCUCACUGUAAUUAGGUUUUUACAGUACACAGACCACAAUCUGCUCCAGCAUUUUAAAACAGUAUUUUAACUGCAGCUUUGCCUAUUCUAUCAGUAAUGAUUUUUACAAUUAUUAAUUGAUCAGACUGUCAGCUCCAGGUUUCCUUCUGAUCCAUCUCUGCUGACACAGCACAGCCUUGGGGUUCACAUCAAGUUCAACCCAUGGCCUAACAUGUCCAGCUACUUAUGUGAAGCACUGAGCUACUAUAAAAUCCUGUAAUUUUUUUCAAUGCAGCAGGCUCUGGGCAGGGUACAGUGGGUUUGGGGCUUUCUUUCAGGGCUUUUAUGUGCUGAAUGUAUUCAGGCACCAUGGCUUUUCCCUGUGUUCUUGGCCCUGCUGCAUCCAUGUUCAUGGAGGGAGUCAGAGGAAAGGACAGGAGAGGACCUGCCCUGGAUUUCUCUGGAUCAGCAAAGUCUUCACAAAAAAGAGCUCUCUCCAUGUUAUCCCUAUUCCUGUUCCACCUCCAGCAGAUUUUCCCUGAACACCCACAUGACCUUCUGUAAGUUUCUCCACUUCUUUCUCCACUUUCUCCCAGCAAGAAAAGCUCCAGGAGGGGCUGGUCACAAAGUGCCAUGAGGUGCCUCAAAUGGGGUCAACAGAAACUCCUGGCCCCAAAGGUGCCAGGGUGGUGGCUCUGUGCACAGGGAAGGUCUUUUCCAGGGGAACAAUUCAGAGUACAAUCCAUAGGAAAAAACACAGACCAGAAGAGCUUUAGCACAGUGAGGGCCUCCAGUCCCUGUGUGGACACAGCAGGUUCCUGACUCAGGGUCAGACAGCUGGAACAAGAAGUUUAUCACAUCCCACUGUCCAGCCAAAGCCAUCCCAACACAGCCCUGCCAAGCUGCAGCCUCAGCAGCAGCACUCCCAGCCACGGGCUGGGAAAAAGGUCAGAAGAGCAAAGAAAAAGCAUAGAGCUGACUGGGGAAUAAAGAGAAACAAGAAAACAACACUCCGAGUUGCCAGUUCUGCUCUUUUCCCUGAGCCACUGGGGAAAGAAAGCCCUGAGUAUUUAAAUAUUUAAAAAGUCAUGGAGUGAGGCCCAAAAAACUCCUGGAGUUCUGCUCUGUGCUCCAGCACGAGCAGCUCUGAGCACAGCUUGGCUGUGCAGCCACUCCCCAGCCUGGGAAAGCUGAGGCAUCCCAUCUCCAUCCAGCAAAGCCACAGGGUGCCACAGCCACCUCCAGGGCACAGCAGUGCUGCUCUGCCACCACAGCUGGCUGGGGCUCUCCUGUGCACAUCACCAAACUGCCUUUCCAUUAUGAUUUGUGGGCAAUUUUUGCUAUGUGAUUAUCAAUUUCUCAACUAGUUGGACCAAGGAGUAAACACAAAACCAAAACAAACCCAACCCCCAAAGCCUUCUGUGUGCAGAAAACAAUGUUUUUUGACAACACAGACCUGGCCACAGAGCAGGAAGGUUGAUCCCCAACACUGCUGAGCAGGAGCAGAGCCCCAUCCAUGUGGAUCUGACAGUGCUGGGAAGAGCCAAGGCAAACACACAGACUGAAGCAAGACUUGAGAACAAACAUUUAAGCAAAAAAAGAAUUUACUUAAGGAAUACCUUUAAAAAGAAUAACUUAAACCCCACAGUGGCUUCAUGGUACCUUCCCCACUUAAGCUGAGGCUGGGGCUUGGCCUCUGUGUCUUUCCAAGAACAAUCAUCCAAAAAAAACAGCAAUUUUUGCCCAAAAUCACUCCAGCAUUAUGGAUUCAAAGCAGGCAGCCCAAGACCUCCAGCUAAAGGAGUUCAAAGCAUGGCAAACAUGUUCCAACAGGACUCUGCCUGCAGGAGAUAGAAGAAUGUAACAUGUUUGGUAAAUACAACCCUCCCCACCUCCAGCAAGGAUGUUCCCAAGGCUGGAAAUGCAAGGACCAGCUUCAUUACAGGCACAGGGCUUUGCUGAAGGCUGGUCCUGCUCUUCCAGCACUUGGCAAUGCUGCAGGGAGGCAGGAAAAGCCCCAGAACACAACAGGUGAGCCAAGUGAUGAAGGAGGCAUCAAACCACAGGGGAGAAGGGGCUACAAACUAUAAAAAGGGUCUGCCAGGAGCCAGCCACCCCCUCAACCCUAAAACAACAGGGGAAGCCACAAACAAAGGGAAAAUGUCACUGCACUAGGACUCUGCAGUGAGACACAAACUGGGAAAAUCUCCCAUUUCUUUUCCCUCUUCCUCGAGUAUUUCUGUCAGGAGGAGGAAGCACACCCACGUGCUGGCAGCUCCUUGACUCUUCCUCUCACUUUGCCACAAGUUCUGGCUAAUUAAUUAUGCACAAAGCAAGACCUGAGCAGGAGACUGCACAGCAAAUGCCUGGCACAACAGGUGCCAGAUGCAGGUAUGGAUCUAAAAUUGUGCCCAUCUCAGUUUCAUGCCAUGACCCCCUGUAGCUCUGCCAGUCUUGGAGUGGUUGUUCCUGGCUGUGUGAGGAGAGCCUGGAAGGAGAAGCAGAGUGAAGCUGUCAGGACACAGCCCACAGCUGAAAAAAAAAACUCCCAGGAGCUGAUCAAGGCAUGGGCACAGAGCUGGGAGUAAAGCAGGGCAGGCAGUCUGGUUUGGGCAUUUCACACUCCUCCAACCCCACAGAAAUGCACCAGUUUGGAACAAUGGGAAGGUAGACACAAAGAGGAAACCAACUUUUCAUACUCUCUCAAUGCCUGCCCAGCUUAGGGAGCUUGUGCAGUGCUCCCCAGCAGCCCCAGCCAUAAAGUGGUCAGUGGCUCUGAGAGGCAGCAGGGGUCUAAACCAUGGCAGGAAAAAACAGGCACACUCCAGUCUCUAAAACUCACCUGCCAGUGCACUCCUUCCUAAUUUGCUUAGCAACUACCAAAUGAAAAGCCUGAAGAUU